UGCAUAAAGAAAGAAAUAAAAAAGUAGAAACGAAAAAAAAAUGCCUCAGCCAGAAUUCAUUAGUCUCACCUUUCCGAACGCAUCGACCGAGAUCAAUCCGAUUCCGAAUGCUGGAAUUGACCCAAAUUAUCUCGUUCGAUAUGCUAGGACGUUGGAUGAUUAUGGCUUUAACUACACCUUAGUGCCUUACGAUUCAUCAUACUUUGAUCCCUUCACGGUUGGAGCGACCAUCGCCUCUGUGACCAAAAACAUCAAGGUGAUAAUAGCACUUCGACCGAAUACGCUCUAUCCAACUGUUGCCGCCAAAGCUCUGGCAACCCUCGACCAGCUUAGUACCGGUCGUGUCGUUGUCCACCUCAUCGCUGGCGGCAGCGACGCAGAACAAGCAAAGGAAGGUGACUUCCUGACCAAGGAUCAGCGCUACGGACGCCUGGAGGAAUACAUCCGUAUUCUGCGUCGCGCGUGGGAGUCUGCAGAUCCAUUUGACUGGGAAGGACAGUAUUUCCAAUUUAAGCAGUUUAGCAAUAAGGUGCGUCCAACCAAUGGAACUAUUCCAGUGUCUGUCGGCGGUUCUUCCGACGAGGCGUAUCGUAUUGGCGGUUCCCUUGGCGAUAUCUUUGGGCUAUGGGGUGAACCCCUCAAGGAGACCAAAGAGCAGAUUGACCGAAUCUAUGCCGAGGCAGAAAAGGCAGGUCGCACUGAUCGACCUCGGAUUUGGGUCACGUUUCGGCCUAUUGUUGCUGAAACCGAGGAUCUUGCCUGGGAGAAAGCACACCGGAUACUUGACGUGCUCAAUACAAACCGAGCCAAAGGGCAAGGGAAGGCUCCAGUGAACGCCCCUCCUCCGCAGAAUGUGGGUUCUCAACGCCUGCUUGAAAUAGCUGCUCGUGGAGAGGUUCAAGACCGCGCCCUUUGGUAUCCUACUGUGACUGCAACUAAUGCACGUGGAGCAUCAACAGCCUUGGUCGGAUCACCGCAAACUAUUGCCGACUCGAUUUUGGAUUAUAUUGACCUCGGCGCUGAUCUAAUCUCUAUUCGUGGAUAUGACAAUCUCAAUGAUGCUAUUGAUUAUGGGCGCUAUAUACUGCCUAGAGUUCGGGAACGGCUAAAGCAGGAAAGUGAGUCUUAGAAGACUUUUGAAGGUAUUGCCUCAUCAUGACUGUUAUAUAUGUAUGCAUGUGAGGAAAAUAGAAGUUAUAGUUCUAUUUAGAUAGCCUGCUUAUGAACCAGGAUAUUAAGAAAAGGCCUAGUUAUAUUCUAUUGCUAUGGAGUCUUUGCAAGUGAGUACUUAAGGAGCUGGAUACCGAGGAUUCGAAACAUCUCGAUCGUUAUUUUAGGAUGGACGAAAGAAUUAAGGUCCAGGCUGCUUUUAGUCUUGUAGGGAUACAAAUAUAGCACCUCAGGCAUAUUGCUAGAAAGCGAAAUGGAUAUGGUUUUGUGGCGCAUCAGACUGCUUUUCACAGCAUUCUUAGUUACCAUCGGUAUAUUGAUAGCUACACCUGCCCUAUAGGUAUACAGCAUCCUUUGCCAAAU